ACUUCUCAUGUUUGAAUCGAGUACGCGGUCCACGUCUUUCGAUGCUGUGGAUAUUGGGAGCCGUGCUCUCCGAAACAUAAAAUCAAGUCGUUUAGUGUUUAAGUGAUUCACGUUUUUUUAAAGCAGGAAAACCAAUAAAUAAUAUCGUUGCAACAUUAAAAAAGAAUUGCGUUCCUGUGGUUGUUGUUCUUUUUCAGCACAAAAAAUUGAUUUACCUGCGAUUAUUUCUCAUUCGUUGUGUUCGCUAUUGAAUGUGAUACAUUGUUUGGAGAGGUAGAAAAAAAACAAAGCGACAGAUAAAAUAAAAUUGAGUGAUUAUUUUAAACGAAGUGAAUUCGUACCGUGAGUGUUACAGAAAAUAAAGAAGACAAACCGAUUUCCACAGAAAAUAUGGAACGAUUGGCUGGUCGUGUUGCAGUGGUCACAGGAGCAGCAAGUGGCAUUGGUGCAGCGAUUUGUACAAUAUUGGUGAAGCAUGGAAUGAUUGUGUGCGGUUUGGCUCGUCGCAAAGACAAAGUCGAAGCGUUACGUUUGAGUCUGUUUGGUGCCGAAGGUCAAUUGAAUGCCGUUGAAUGUGAUAUAACCAAAGACGAGGAUGUGAAACGGGCAUAUCAAUGGAUUGAGAAAACAUUGGGUGGUAUCGAUUUGCUCAUAAACAAUGCUGGUGUUGUUAGUUCAUGCAUGCUAUUGGAUGACAAUAAUACACGUGAAUUGCGAUCAAUGCUGGAGGCAAACCUAAUCGGACUGUGUAUUUGCACUCGGGAUGCGAUCAAACUAAUGAGACAACGCGGUUUUGAUGGUCACAUCGUUAAUAUAAACAGUAUUUUUGGUCACAAAGUUAGUCAAGCGGUUCCGGGCACAAAACCCAUUAAUGGAAUGUAUCCAACGUGUAAAUUCGCAUUAACCGCACUCACCGAGUGUUUGCGCCAAGAAGUUGCUUACGUCGAAAUGGGCAUCAAAGUAUCGAAUAUAUCGCCUGGACUUGUUGAAAACGACAUACUCACAACAAGCGGAUCUGAUGAAAAUGAAUUAGUAAAAUAUAUGCCACGCCUGAAGCCCGAUGAUGUUGCUCAAGCCGUUGUAUUUGCUAUCACCAUGCCCCAAAAUGUUCUAAUCCAAGAUAUUAUUAUGAAACCGAUGGGAGAAUUUCUCUAAACAAAAAUCGACACACUUUUUAAAAAGCAGCCGAAAAAUGAAUUGACUCGUAUUUGAAAUAAGGGCGGUUCUAUGUAUUUAAAAAAAUUUUACACAAUCGUUUAUGUUUAGUGAGUAAAAUUAAAAUUGAUUCGUGUUUAGUUAGAAUGUGUAUGAAAUAAUAUAUCCGAACGACACACGGUUUUCAAAUAAAUAUCCCGAAGAAAAAAAA